UUCCAGAAAGGAAUCAAUCUCCUCGUCGAUGAAUAUUUGAUCUCUUACAACAAAAACAAGAAAUUCAUAGAACAGAAUCAGAAUUUUCAAUAAGAGAAAUUGAUCACUCCUCACCUCUGAAAGAUCGUAUCAAACAGUUUCAUACAUAUAAAAAUGGUGUGCAUAGCUUGCUUGCUGCCUCUGUUCUUGGUCCCCAUCGUCAACAUAUUGCCUCUUCUCUUCUAUUAUCUCAUGGCAAAAGUUUAUCGGCUUUUUGGAUGGGAAUACAGAAAACCAGAGAGGGCUCCUCCGGCUUGUCCUUACAAACCCUUGCCUAAAAAAGACGGCUCCGGCAAAUUGGGGGCAGAAGGUGAACCUGGGGUACAGACGCCUGUUUCAGGUUCUGUUGAAGUAUCAGAUAGCAAACUGGAUUGAAAGUUAGUAUUCCUUGUUCUGAGAUUUCUAAACGCAAAGCUUCUUGAGUCAUUGUUCAGGCUAAAGGAAACUCUUUCUACAAUCUGUCUUUCUUUUAUCACUUUCUCUAUGUCAAGUCGUGUUUCGUAGUUGAAUGUUCUAUAACGUUCUAAGGUGCCUGUUGAAAUAUAAAGCAUUCUCUGUCAUAUUUUCUUCUAAAGAAAGCAAAGUCGUUGAGGAUUU